AAGAGAACUACUUUCUUUAUAUUUAGUUCCCUGUAUUUGUAAUGCUACUACAUAUUCUUCAGUACAAUGUAUUGAUCGAUAUUUUAUGAUUCAAUCGAUAUCGGAAAGCAUGUAAAUAAAAACAUGUCAACAAAAUGACAAGUGGGAAUGAUCAAACAGUGGACACUGCAUACGCCGCGACCUUGCAGCAACUGAUGAAGGACUGUCUGCCACCUAUCUUGGUAGAGAUCGUGGAGAGAAGACCCUCGGAUCCCAUACAGUAUCUAGCAACCAGUCUCUAUCAGUAUCGGAAAAGGAACGAUGUUGUCGUAAAGACGUCCCACGUGGUGAACGCAGAACAUGCACAAGGUCGCACGAACGGACACACAGAUGGACACACGGACGGACACACUCAUGAGCGGUCCCAUUUUACUUCUUUCAUACACUCGGAUUCGAAUGGAGUUUCGGAAGAUCCAAUAUAUGACCACAAGAAUUCCAGUCACGCGAACUUUACUCAAGACUAUAUCCACAUUGAACGUGUUCUCGCUAUGACUUCACUCGGCGAUAUUUUUGACGAUGAUGAUGUCACGUGACUGACGCAUGCACAUUUUUAGCGCCAGACUCGUAUACGAAAUAUGUGAACCGCGCAAAAUGAGUACUCUGAACAAUAUCUAUCAUAUGCCAUAAUGUCUCAGAACGGAAGAAAAAUGAGAUUGUGAACAAAACAACGGACAACGAGCGCAAACAUCUCACAGAACUGAGAAUGUUUGUCUUGGAGACAUUGUGACUGACAUAUCGAGAAUAUGACGCAAUCAUUUUCAAAUAUGCUGCCCUAGCUAUGACAUCAGUUUAUUUAUCAAUCCUGUAAUAUUACGAGAGUAUACAUAUUAGGGAAUACAUACCUGUGACCAAAUGCCACAUCUUAGCAGCAAUCUGCUGUACUACAUUUAGUUCAUUCAUGUUUGAUGAUUAGAACCGGGGAUAUUUUGUCUUAUGUGUACAUUCAUAAUGAGUUUUCCGAGAAAAGUGAGGGUUACGGCAAACAUGUUGUUUGCUGAAUUCGUCGUUUGGAGUCUUUGUAACAUUUGCGUUCUUGUGUUACAUUUGCAGCGAAUUCCAAUUUUAAACAGUCUAAUUUUAUUCCAAAAAAACGACAAAUGAUUGAAAAUAUAAGUGGACUGUACAAUGAUGUAUCACUUUCGCGCAUGAGCACUUCGUGAUUUGUAGCACACAACUUGAACCUUGUAAGAAACAUGUAUUUUGAUCUGAAGGGAAACACUUAUUGUUGGUUGUUGUUUUACACGUGCAUAUUACAUCAGAUAGAUCGCACAUACAGAAAAGAUACGACUCUAAACCAUAUGUCAUUAAUUUACCCAAUCAGGCAGAAAAAAAUCCAAUAUAUUUCAUGAAUUUCAAUUAAAGAAGGCCGACUUUAUUAGCUUAACGAAAGAGGAUACACUUUUUUUUACAAUUUAUUAACAUAUAAAGUCCCGGUAUUCGCGUUUAUUUGGUCUGUGCUAUAUUUAAAUUAAUGACCAGUUUUGACAAAUGACACGUUAAAGUAAGCUUUUUGUUCGUGCAUGUUUUUGAUCGAUACAAACACCGUGAAAGCCUAACGUACAAAAAGUAUUUCGUCAGUUGAAGUAACGACAACUUUACGCUAUUCAUACGUGUAAGGCUCAAAGUUAAUAUUAUACAAAAUAAAUUGUGAAUAAAAGGGUUUUACUUA